AUGACCUCUUGGGCAGAGCGUGAGUUCUUGUGUAAAGAGAGGCAUACCGCAUGGCCAGGGUUUUCCCCAAGAGCUUAUCAUAAACUGGCAGUUGCAAGACCACCAUGCACAGACAUCAAGAUCAAAGUUCGUCAGAAACUGCGCUGCCCCUGGGAAGACACUAGCCGCUGGCACAUCUGGGGAUACCACACCUGGCUGGAUGUAGGGAGGCUGCCACCACUCUUCCCUUCGAGGCCGGACAUACCUUAUGACAGCAACGUGUGGCGAUGGAUUACUGCUCCCAGGACAUACUGCAUGCCUCAGCCGCCCGUCCCGCCUCCCUCAGAGAUGGAUGGGAACACUUACCUCAAGUUCAUCGCACAGGGAGCUCUGUUUUUAGACAAGAAACGUACAGAAAGAGCUGUGGCCCAAAUACAGAAAGAGCUACAGGAAUGCAAGCGACUAAAGAUGAUGAGCGAGUGCCGAGCUCCCCCCAUAAACAGCCAGGGAAAUAUUUUGCCUCCUCAGGACUUCAACCGAUACAGACACCUGACUGCAGGAAGAGGCCUGCAAUCUCUCUCUGUCCAGCUGCAGCCAGUCAGACCUGCAACUAGAGACUGUUGGGACUGGCCUUGCCCCAGCCUCCAACCCCAUUACCAGGAGGCAGCACAGAGACUCGCCUUGAGGAACAGCAGUCCAGUCUAUGAAGAGUUGCUGCAGAAAUACCAGGAGCUGGCUGUGUCUGGGAGACAAACAGGGUACUGUAACCCUCCCAGCAAACAGAACCCAGAACACUAG